GAGGAGGAGGAGGAGGAGAGGAAAGGAAAAAGGGAGGAAGGACACACGCGCGCGCACACGCACGCUCUCACACACACUGCACACACUGAGUGGAACGAGGGAAGAGGAGAGAAUAAAAGGAGGGCGUGAGACCCCCCAGAAAAAGAGAAAAAGAUAGAGAAUAGAAAGAGAGGAAGAGAGAGCGAGAGGAAGGGAGAGAGAGAGCAGCAGGAGGAAGGCGAGCAGACCGCAGGGGAGCAGCAGGAGGCGUUUAGGGGGGGAACAGCUCGGUGAAGAAGAAGAGAAGAGGCUCUCUGGAGGCAGAACGGCGGCGGAAAGAUGAAGGAUCGCACACAGGAGCUGCGGAGCGCUAAGGACAGCGAUGAUGAUGAGGAAGUCGUCCAUGUUGACCGGGGAAACUUCAUGGAUGAGUUCUUUGAACAGGUGGAGGAGAUUCGCGGCUGCAUUGAGAAGCUGUCAGAGGAUGUGGAGCAGGUGAAAAAACAGCACAGUGCCAUCCUGGCAGCACCCAACCCUGAUGAAAAGACUAAGCAGGAGUUGGAGGACCUCACAGCUGACAUCAAGAAGACAGCCAAUAAAGUGCGCUUAAAAUUAAAAGCAAUAGAGCAGAGUAUCGAACAGGAGGAGGUCAUGAACAGAUCAUCAGCGGACCUGAGGAUCCGUAAGACACAGCACUCCACGCUGUCCCGCAAGUUUGUGGAGGUGAUGACUGAGUACAACACCACGCAGUCCAAAUACAGGGACCGCUGCAAGGACCGCAUCCAGAGACAGCUGGAAAUUACUGGAAGAACAACCACAAAUGAAGAGCUGGAGGACAUGCUGGAGAGUGGCAAGCUUGCUGUCUUUACUGAUGAUAUCAAAAUGGACUCCCAGAUGACCAAGCAGGCUCUAAAUGAAAUCGAGACCCGACACACUGAGAUCAUUAAGCUGGAGAACAGCAUCCGUGAGCUGCAUGACAUGUUCGUGGACAUGGCCAUGCUUGUGGAGAGCCAGGGAGAGAUGAUUGACAGAAUUGAGUACAAUGUGGAACACUCAGUAGAUUAUGUAGAAAGAGCAGUGUCCGACACCAAGAAGGCUGUCAAAUACCAGAGCCAAGCACGCAAGAAGAAGAUCAUGAUCAUCAUCUGCUGCGUAAUCCUGGGAGUGAUCUUGGCGUCCACUAUCGGAGGAACCCUGGGCUUCUAGACUCAUCUGCAGACGGACGAAGGCAGAGAGAAGCAUAUUUGAGAGAAAUAUACCCACAACAAUACGAGAUAGAGAAAACUCCUCUUUAAAGGGGUUUCGGUUAGGGUCGUAAAAAUCGAAGAUUAAAAAACUAACAAAAAAAAAACACACACAAAACAAAAACCCAGAUGUUAUAUAAUAGCUGAUUAAAACAUAUAUGAAAAGAGAGGGUUCAAAUAAACAAUAAACACUCUAUUUACAAACUGUACAUGUAAAUGUAUUGAACAUAAGAAACAGCACAUGGGUUACUACCUGUACAGAAAUACAAUCUACAUUUUUUUUUUUUUGCUUAUUUUUUAAACAUUUCUUUCGUUUUACGGGGUGUCUCCAGGACAGUGCCAGCGACUGCUAAAUUGGCUGUGUUUCAGUAGAGCAUGGAUUUAACAGUUUUAAUACGGCUCUACGGCGUUUAGUGCACUUACCUACUGAGCGAAAUGGAGAAUGGAUGGUUUGUUUUAGUUGAAAUUGUCAGGUUUCGUUGGGAGGGACUUCAAGUUCUGAGGGGCUGCCUAUAAGUAUAGGUCAUUCACUUUUAGCAGCAAACAAAUCCAAUUGUAUUUGGCAGACGAAGCUUAUAUGUUGAAUAUACAAAUAUUUAUACAUAUUUAAUAUAUAUAAAUAAGCACCACAAUCCUCGGUCCGGACACCUAAAAAAAACAUGACAACACAAAAAUAGCCAAGCACACAUGCUUAGAUUAUCAGUACCUUGACCAAGUUUACCCACACAAAAAGCCAGGACCUCACCUGCAGUAGUGCAUUACAGGCUCCUGCUGAAGUCUCUCUGAUUAACUGUGGAGUUUCCUGCAGAUUCAGGAAGCUCUGUUUUUAUGAGAGGGGAGAGAAUAGCAAUGUGCAAACAGUUGAACUAUGCAGUUUUGAUAGAUAAAGAGAGAUGAUCCUUCUUUUAGAAUUAAACCUUGUUUUAGCUCUUUUCAAGUAGGAUCUAAAAGGAGAGACGGGAAUGGCACACUUUUGCCAUCGCCUACCGCUGUUCUAAAGACUUUUCUAGCUAAAAAAAGAAGAAAGAUGUUCUGAAGAACUUAAAAAACUUGAAGCAGUGGAUAGCCUGAUAGUUGUCUUUCAGAGGUGGUUAGUUCUGCCGUCAGCUGGUGUGAUUUGGUGUGACUCGUCCUUUGAGUAGUCGUUUUUACAUAGUAAUUAAUGCCUAUUGAAGACAUAUAGUAAUAUAUAUAUAUAUAUAUAUAUAUAUAUAUAUAUAUAUAUAUAUAUACAAACACAAAUUGGAGUUUGACAUACACAACUCCAGUUAUGCUUCAUUUUUAUUUGCAGUCUUGACGUGUAGAAAGAUUAACCUGGGUUGUAACUGUUGUGGUUUUUAGUGCAGAUUACACACUGAGGCACGUGAGGAACAGUUCUGAGGAAAAUUGCACGAUUCUGGCCUGAGAACGCUCGCUGCCUUGAGUUAUUCUGGUGCUACUUAUAGACAAGAGAGGCUUUCUACUUACAUCUCAGACAUGCUUUGUUUCUGAGCGGGCUGGGAAAACCCUUCUAAUGUAUGACUCGAGUCAUACUCACCUCCUUCAGGUGAACAUUAUUUUGGGAGAAUUCUGUUACUCUCUAUUGUGAUAAAAUUCUAGCCCAAAUUGUGCUAGAAUUUGCUGAUUUAAUCCCGCAGGACUAACAGAAAAAUAUGACAAAGUCUGAGUUGCAUGUUCUGUCAGGGAGGGAUUUGCCAAACAGUUUGGCCUCGAGCUGCUGCACACAUUUAUUUUUUGACAGAGCUAGUGUUACGUAGGUAGUUGUCUUUUUAUGCAAGGGUUUAAAUCCGAAACCAAAACUAAGCUCAGCUUGUGGUUCCAGACUGAAAUCCCUCCGUUCUGUUUCAGGAUUACAGAAGUAGAAAGCCCUUAUUGUCGCUGUUUCUAAAAUUUUAAAAAAGUACACAGCUCCUCCAAACGAUCUUCUAAAUCUCCCAACGCUGAACAUGUCUGCAAAAAGAACUGUUGCUGAAAGGCGUUCCCUUUCGACGUGAACUAUUUAACUGUUUCCCGGCUUUCCGCCUCCCCGCAGAAUCUACAGUAGAAGCCCUCCCUUCGAAACGGGUUCGCCUAGCCUGUAGGAGACUAAAGGCCUCGAUAUACUUUCAGUGAAACGAAGCUUGCGAGGGUUGUGCGAACUUGAAGCCACCUGUGUGAGCUUACAAACUUGCACACUCUUUUUUUUUUUCCAUUUAAAUUUUGGCUGUUGCCGAUAGACGCUCUAGUACUACAGGUGGCGCCUUUGACACUUAAUGGUCAGGUUUAUGACUAUUGGAAGAGGAUCACACGUAGUAAGAGACCGCCUCUUUUGCACUGACCAAUCACAUGCUUUGUCGCUUUGUGUUCGGUGUUCGCUUAGCUGCCGUCUCUGAGGUUGUUCAUUUUCUUUGCAAUUUUCACCAAAGCCAAGCAAACAUCGUCUCCAGAAGAAACUAUACUGAGGCCUUGAGCCGUUGGUGUGUCGGUGUCAUUUAUAUCAGAGUGUGUUUUCCAGUGUGUGACGCAGAGGGCCUGGACUGUUUAGCCCUUAGACCAAUUCUAACGAUGGCCAGCAUGUUUCCUUCUUUUUCGGAAGCUUUUUUCUGUGUGUAUUUAGUGUCCGAUCACUCUACCUGUGUGGUUCCAGUGGGGUUGACGUGUGUGCGUGUGUGUGUAUAUCG